UGGACACUGGAUAACCAUGAAACAAUAAAUGCUGCCAUUUGUCAUGCUGUCUUAAAUCUGAAUUGUGUUGUUUGCGCACUGUGCGUCUGUGCAGUUGUUACUUGUGUCUCAGUGUCUGUGCGAUUUGUUAAUUUAUUAUUUUUAGUUUUCAAAUUUCGAUUAUAAUUAAUACAUACGUGAUACGUCUACUGUCUACGUGUCUUCUAGCUGUUUGUUUAUGGUUUUGAUUUGUAUUUGGAAGUGACUACUGUAUAACAAUGUCUAUUAGAAAAAUAGAGAGCGAAUGCACCAAGAGAAGAAAGAUUAGGGAAGAGAUAAAUGUUGUCAAGGAAAUACUUUCACAUUCAAAUUCAUUAAAAUAUGAACCACCAGAAAAUGUUUUGGAAAUAAAUAAAUCAAAUCCUAUACUUUUGUUUGAAAAUAAUAACUUAAUAUCCCACUCUAACAAUCAAUACAAUAUUUCAAAUAAUUUUCCAUCAAAUACUACAAUUAAUUUGCCAUUACCAGUUACCAACACUUAUGAGCCUACAGAUACGCGUAUAUUUAAUACAGAGAAAUUAUUCAUAAAUUCAUCUAAACAAUUUUCAGUUCAAGAAUUUAUAGCUGCUUGAGCAAUAGACUUUAAAAUUCCUCAUAAUGCAGUAAAUGGUUUGUUAAAAGGUUUAAAAAUGCAUGAUUGUUUCAAUAGUCUACCAAUCGAUUGUCGAACAAUUUUAAAUACUCCUAUUUGUAAAUCUAAAGAAAAUCGAGUUGUCAGUCCUGGAGUUUAUCAUCAUUUUGGUUUAGAAAGAGGUAUUAAAUUACAUGCCCCAACAAAUGUAUAAGAUAUUCAAAUUGCCAUUGGAAUUGAUGGUUUACCAAUUUCAAAAAGUAGCAGCUCUCAAUUUUGGCCCAUAUUAGCUUCCAUUAUGGUUGAACCUCCACCAAAAAAAUCUGUUUUUCUUGUUGGCCUAUACUGGGGAAUUGAAAAACCAAAAGAUAGUAAUGAAUAUUUAAUUGAUUUUGUAACUGAAGCUAAACAUUUAGAAACCGCAGGUAUUAUAAUAAAUGGAAUUAAUAAUAAAGUAAAUAUUAAAUUAUUUUGUUGUGAUGCACCUGCAAAGCAUUUGCUUUAAAAGUAAAAGGUUACACAGGUUUUUCUUCAUGUACUCGUUGCACUAUAGAGGGAGAAUAUAUAUGCAAUCGAGUUUGUUUUCCUUAUUCUCAAAUAAAAUCAAUUGAUAAAAAUCACUAUGCAUAUCUGAAUACUGAGGAUGAGGAAUAUCAUAUUUUAAAUCAAAUUUCUAUUCUUUUUGAAUUACAAAGUUUUAACUCUGUAACAUCUUUUUCGCUUGACUACAUGCACUUGGUCUGCUUAGGUGUUUGUAAAAAAACUCAUCAACCUUUGGAUUAAAAGACCAUUAAAUGUCAGGCUUCGGUCUUCAAAAAUAAAUGAAAUAUCAACUUCAUUAUUAGCAAUCAAUCCAUUUCUUACAUCUGAUUUCUCUAGAAAGAGCAGAUGUCUUCAAGAUGUAUGUCGCUGGAAAUCUACUGAAUUCUGUUUAUUUUUACUAUACACUGGACCUGUUGUUUUAAAAACCAUUUUAAGUGAAGAAAUUUACACCAAUUUUAUGGUAUUAAAUAUUGCAAUGUUAAUUUUGUUAAGUCUUGACCGAACAUUUCUUCUUCAAUAUGCCACAGAAUUGUUGGAUUUUUUUGUCAAGAACUUUGAUAAUAUUUAUGGGCAGCAAUUUGUAUCACACAGUGUCCAUGCCUUAUUACACUUAUGUGAUGAUUAUUAUUUAUUUGGUCCCCUUGACAAUUGUUUAGCAUUUGGUUUUGAAAAUUAUAUGAAAAAAAUAAAAUCUAAUCUUAGAAAAAAUGAAAAACCUUUAGAACAAAUUGUUAAUAGAUAUUAUGAAAAAUAUGAAAAAUGUGUUAUAAAUAAUUCAAGUAAUAAACCAUUAAUGGACAAUCAACCAGUUUCGAAACAUCUUCAUGAUAACGGUCCACUGGUUGAUAAUUUAACAGGUCCACAAUAUUACACUCUUAUGUUUAAAAGUUUAACCAUCAAAAUUAAAAAAGAGAGUGAUAGUUUUAUACUAACCAAAAAUGGAGAAGUAGUCAAAUGUAUGAAUUUUGUUCAAAAAGAUGGUAUUAUCAUGCUUAUUAAAAAAAAGUUCAACAUUUUAUUACCAUAUUUUGAAGAUCCCAUUAAUUCAACAAUUAUUGAUAUAUUUAAAAUAAAAAAAUUAUCUAGUCGACUCAAAUAUUGGAUAAUAUAUAAUAUUAAAAAAAAAAUGAUGGUACUUCAUCAUAGUGGAGUAAGCCAUGCCCAUUAUUCAUAUGGACAUUUAAAUAAAUUUUAAUUUGUAAAUAAAAUUGUAAAUAGUGUUAAUCAGUGAAUCAAAGUUGUGUAAUUAAUGCUCUUAAAUAAAAUAGGAUAG